GGAAUAGAGAAGCACAAAAUCACCUCCUCAGGCCAGGCUCACCGUGCAAGUUGCCUAAUAUUUUAUCUCUGUGCUAUUUAGGGAAAGCACGUAAGUGCUAUCUGCUCUUGUCAUGCCUCCUAAUUCUGCAGCAUCAGCUGGAACUGGACCGAGAACAUUGAAGUUUGACUCAGCCUUUAGUGUUCUUGUUGCCAUUGCUUGGUGUUUUAAAUCUCUUUUGAGUUUCCUGGUAUAAUGUUCCUCCACAACCACCUCAUGACAGCAGAUUACUGACAGUUACCUCUCACUGUGUAAAGGAGUACUUAGAUACUGCUUUUAAGCUGACUUCUGACUGACUGCAGUGUCACUAGUUCCUGUGUUACAGAACGUAAUGCAACGCUGAGUUGCCUCAAUGAUUCUUGCCUCUUGCCUCAUCCUCCCCAUUCCUAUCACUUUAUAUUUCUUAUCUAAGUCACUUCAUUGCCUUGGUCAUUUUAGUUGGCCUCAUCCUUAUCUUCUCUCACCUCACUAUGGACUGGUGGAGAUGUGGAGACCUGAACCAUACAUUUAAGAAGAGGAGAUACAUAUAUGUUGUUGUUCAUAGAAUCAUAGAAUUGGGUUGAAAAGGACCUCAAAGAUCAUCUAGUUUCAAAUCCCCUGCCGUGGGCAGGGUUACCAACCACCAGACCAGGCUGCCCAGAGUUGUUUUCCUUGCACAGGUGACUUCAGAAGACCAUCCAAGACAGGGAAGGAUAGGAUAAGGGGGAAUGGUUCAAAGUCAAAAGAGAGAGGAGAUUCAGGUUGGAUAUUAGGAUGAAAUUCUUUACUCAGAGGGCAGUGAGGCUCUGGCAUUGCAGCCCACAGAUGCCCCAUCCCUGGAGGUGCCCAGGGUCAUGGAUGGGGCCCUGAGCAGCCUGAGUUGGUGUUGGGAUCUGAAACUCUGUGAUCUUUAAGGUCCCUUCUAAGCUGUGUCAUUCUAUGAUUUUCUAAGUUAAAUCAUCCUAUGAUUUUUCUAAGCUUCUGCCUAAAACUGACCCCAGCACUGAUUCCUAUGACCCCACUGCCACCUGUUCUCUAUCCUGAAAGAUGACUGUUGUGCCGUGCUCUUUCCUUCCUGCUUUCUGAACAGCUCCGACUUUCCUGUCCCGUAAUCUUUUGGGAAAUCCUUAAACUGGCCUUUCCUAAGCUGACUCUAGGAUGACUUAGUUUUAUUAAUGACCUUUAGGUAUGGAGCCUCUUUGGCUUUAUGAAAAUCUUCAUGAAUUACACUGGAUGUCCUUCAUCCAUUCAACCUCAGCAUAUAAGAGAAUGUAUGUUAUGCAGAUUUUGUGACUGAAGAAAUAAAUCACAAGAAAUUGAUGCUUUCUUGGGCCCACAGCCCCAGAAAUGAAGUGGGAGAAUCUCAGCAUUAUUGGACCUCGUCGUUGACAUCCAGCAAUGGAUGAUCUACCUGUACAUGGUACGUUUGAGACCUGGUUCUAAUUCCAAGUGCUCUUAGUUCCUGUAUUUACUUGAAUUCUGGUCUUCUCUGCUAGUCCAGAACAUAAUAUAAUUCCUAGAAACACCCGCUGUCACUCCAUGUAGUCUGUCCUGCAGGAGAGGCAGUGAGUGAGCUGUAUGUCCUUCUGUUUGUCCUGGGUUUGUUGCGUUCAGGAAUGCUCAGAUGGCAAUUUCCUGUGUCCGUCAGUGCUGCCACAUCAAUGGGAGCAAUGGGAGGGGAGGAGGAAAUGGAAUUCAUGUGUUUUGGGGGCAGAGGUUGUGCAUACUAAAACAGCAAUGGGAGGAGGAACCGAAAACUUCCCGUUAAAGACUGGAGACCAUUCCCUCGCUUCCAGCAAGUGUUCAUUCUGCCCAGCACGUAUCAUUCCUUCUAGAACAACACAGCAAUGACAGUUUCGUGUUAAAGGACAGCAAUUUGUUCAUCCACAGCCUCGGAAUGACCGCGCUCACCUGACUGUCGCUGCUGAGGGAUGCUCAGCAAUCAGGCUGUAUUUCAGGGCUGGGCAUAAACGAACCUUUGGGUUUUUUCCUUAUAACAAUUUUCUGGAUGAACAAUCAGCCUUGCAACCUCCGUAACUUCAAUCUCGGUGUGAUAUGAAUUAAACACGCCCUGGAUUUUUACCCUACAGCCGCACUUCUUGUGUCUGCGAUGUCCUGUCUCUUCUCCAACAGCUCCAUUGCAGCUCCUCGGAGCAUCUUGGAAGCCACGCAGCUUUUAACAUCCCUCCGUCGGCUCCAACCCCCGCGGUCUCUCGCUGGCGGGCAACCCCUCGUUUCAGCCCUGCCGGCAGCGGAGCGGCUCCGGGUUCUGUCACAGAGCCUCAGCUCCGCCCAGCCCUCACCGUGAUGGAGCCUUGCUGGGCGCUCCUGGCCGCGCUGCUCCGCGCCGCAGGCGGCAGGAAUUAUUCACUGCCUUAUGCACCACAGUCUGCACAAUGCAGAGACCCCAGCACUGAAUUCUAUGAAGAAAGACUUGAGAAAUGUUGCAGCAAGUGCCCUCCAGGUCAACGUAAGGCAGAGAGCUGCGGUGGCAGCAUGGACACAAAGUGCAUCCCUUGUUUACCUGACAGCCAUACAGCCAUCCAGAAUCUGUCUCCUCAGUGCUUUGCUUGCUCUCCACCCUGCAGGAAAGGAUUUGUAGAGCGUCACACGUGCACGCUAUCACAGGACAGGACCUGCAGCUGCCCACCCAGCAAGUACUGCAUUUCAAAAUGUAAAGUGCAUAAAAAAUGGGGGAAAGGUUACCGAGUCUCCAGAAGAGGUAAUUUAAUUCUCAGCUCUCAGAACUCACACACACAAUGGAACAGAAACACAGACACAGAAUGUAAGCCCUGUCCCCGGUAAGAUUCAGAUGAGGAAUCUUAUGAUACCAGCUGCAUACUACAUACAGUUUGUAAACCAGUGGCUGUUGCAGGAAACGGCGUGAAUGUUGCUGUUUGCCAUGACUCAGUUGCCACAUUUCUGCCUCACACUGUUAUAAACCUCUUCCCCCCAAGCUAAAGCUCAACUUCCAGCAAUGGUGAAGUAGUAACACAGCCUGUCAUUCUCAACUCCGUGCCUGACAUGUCCUACAUCACUGGAUCAGUGACAGGGUCGUUGUUAUUGGGCCUGAUAAUUGCUGUUAUGGGGUAUUGUUUAUUCUCCAAAAAAAGAGCCCUUGCAUACUCACAACCAACUGAAGCAGUGGAUUUGAUGAGUCCGUUUUCCUCUACAGAGAAGCAGUGUGACAAAAAAGUAAGAAAUGCGGAAUUGCAAAGCUCCAGCAGUUCUGAACAGGAGGAGCAGCAUCUCUUGGAAACUCCUGGCCCAAGCAGCAGCUCCCUGGAUAAUCCAGCUGGAUCUGCAAGAGUCAGUGUAAUAAAUAACAAAGACAGGGAUAAGAAAGAAAGUUUCCAACAGCAUUAUGCAGCUGCAGAAGGGUGUAAGCUUCGCUGUGGAGCCAGGCACAGCUCUGCAAGUACAGAACUCUCAGGUAAUGGAGGAAGGCAGGUGAGUGUGACUCGUGUUGUUAAAAUAUGUAAUCCAGAUUAUGGCUCCCAGGUUCCAGAACAGACUGGUCCAGCUGGCAUGGAUUAUGGAAGUGCUCAAUGUUCUCCAACAGGGGGAGAAGCUCCCCUUUCAAAAGAAGAAAACCCCUUGAAAAAAGAAACUGAAAUUCAGAUAUUGGUGGAAGCCAAAGACAAUUUACUUCAGGAUUAACUUCUGGAACAGAAUUCUCCUCUGGGUGUUCAAGAUACGGGGAUAAAAACUGUUUCAAGGAAAUGACAGAUUUUAUACUGUUUGACUGAUAAUCAGAUCAGCCCUUAUGUUCACAACCAAACGUGUUUAGUGUAGCAUUUCUACAGAUUUGAAAUCUCAGAAGAAUUUACUUUUUUGAGGUUUUCAAUCUCUUCUUUGUCAGCUUUGAGAGUAAAAGAUGAGUUUUGAAUUAGUUACUAUUUUUUAAUGCUUACCGAUCUCAGGUAAUGAACUCUCUCUUGAAGGUUGCGUAGAGUAAUCUAUAAAAACUGGAAGUGACCCAGACCUCAGAACCAGAAAAUCCUGUUCCAUCGUUCAUUUGUUGCUCAGUGCUGAGAUCCAUCCACCCACUUCUUAUAGAAAAUCAGUAGCACAGCAUCUACUCUGCGAAUGCAGAUGAGAAUCAGGCUUUUAAAACACAUACUUUAAACUUGCGUAUAACCUAAGAGGUUUAUUCGUACUUCUAGAACAGAGAACUGGCAAAUAGGUCUUUCAUCCUACUAUGAAUUUUAUUUUAUAACUUCAUGUUAAACUUGAAGGUCAUUUGAUUUUGUAUAAUGCCCUUUUCUGUUGUACUGAGUUUUUUAAUGUCUUACCCAACAGCUCCCAGUGCUGGGAGCACAUUGGAAGAGCAGUGUCAGAGUUUUGAAGAAGUUUAAGAUUAUGUUAUAGAAGUUAAAUUUCUGGGUUUUCAGAGUGUGGAGCAGAGAGAAGGGGAAUUCAAUUCUUAUGCUGAAGUAUGAAAAAUGUGUUUGUAUUUGUUAAGAAAAAGAUAAAUAGUGUGUUUUUAUACUUAAACCUUUGUUUUCUACCUCCCUACUGAACCAAAAUUCUACUUUUUAGAAGGGCUUGUUUCAUUCUAUAGGCUAAACCAUUGCUUUUAAAGUCAAAAUUGUAUUUCAUAGUACGUAAUUAAAAGAGCAUUGAUC